CUUACCUGAUCCAGCCAUGAGAAAUGCAAGCACAAGUUCAAUAGGUCAAAUAUCACUGUUAUAAUGAUUUAUUACGGUCAUUUUAAGGUGAGCUCACCUGAUCCAGCCAUGAGAAAUGCAAGCACAAGUUCAAUAGGUCAAAUAUCACUGUUAUAAUGAUUGAUUAUGGAAAUUUUGAGGUGAGCUCACCUGAUCCAGCUAUGAGAAAUGCAAGUACAAGUUCAAUAGGUCAAAUAUCACUGUUAUAAUGAUUGAUUAUGGAAAUUUUGAGGUGAGCUCACCUGAUCCAGCCAUGAGAAAUGCAAGCACAAGUUCAAUAGGUCAAAUAUCACUGCAGUUAUAAUGAUUUAUUAUGGUCUCUUAAAUCCAAUACCAAACAAAUAUUAAGUAAAUUUCAUAUACAGGCAUGUUCUCUUUACAUUGAGUCUCGGUGCUAUAAUGACAUUACGAGAUUUGAAAGAAUUUGUACUGUACACAGUCUGUAAAAAAAUAAUGUAGAAGAUGAGAUGCACUUUAUACUAUUACGUCCAGCUCAUUCAGAGUUCAGAGUUAGGUUAUGAAACAAUAUUAUAUAGACACCCAAGUGAUUAUAAGCUUAUAGAACUAAUUUAAUGAAAAAAUUAUAACAACUUUUGAGUAAAUUUGUUUAAUAUUUGAUGAUGAAUAAAAAAAACUUGAAACAGUUGUAUUAAUUAAAGCUUUAUGUUUAUGUUUAGAUUUCCUCCUGUUUUAUCCAACAAUUUCUCUUUUGAUGUGCCAUAUCAGCCAAAACUUCCAUUUUAAGAGUUCAAAGAACAGAAGUACAUAUAUAUAAUAUUUAUUGAGAGUAAAAAUAUGCACCAUUUUUGAUAUGCAUUUAUAUCAAAAAAAUAAUACAAGGAUAGUAAGUGUUAUAAAUACUUUCAUGGAAAAUUGUACCAUGUGUCUUAUAAUAGAGUGAUAGAUAUAUUUUGGUGUGAGAUUUCCUAAGAAAGUGUUUGUAUGUAAAUGUAACUCUUUCAGAAGUUACAUUUAAAUUUGAUCUAGUUUGAAAUAAAUUUAAAUUUAUUUAUUUCUUAAUUCUUGAAAUAGCACAUUAAGCGCAUGUUGACCUAUAUGCCAAACAUAACACAUAAUCAAUAUGUGUGUAAAUGUCACCCUAAUUAACUGUAACCCUUGAUAUCUCAGGUGAGAAUCAUAUAAUUGGCUAUGUUUGGUUAAAAAAACAAGUCAUUGUUCUCCAUAAUGGGAGGUGGAGCUGUAGGGUAGAAGGGGACCAGGAAUCACUUACCUGUGUAAUAUUUGUAUCAAUUAUUAAACCACUUUGGGGUUUCCUUUAGCUCUUGUCCUAGACUUUUCGUCUGCCAUGUUGUAUAUUCCAUUUGACAGCAUCUUCACUGACAGUAAAAACUAAUUUGACAGAAUCAACCAAUCAAAUUCUUCUAGAAAAAUAUAUGAUAUAAAUGUUGAUGCUCCUAUCGAUUCUCAAUGACAUCUACAACAUGGACCCAGACGAGUAUCACGAUUUAGUCUGUUUUCUUUCAUCCACCUGUAGUUCUUACCCAGAUGAUCUCAAGGACAGCUCUACAAAGUUUGCCAGAAAUAGAAGGGACAACUUUAAGCUAAAAGCCAGCAAGUUCUUUCUGAGAGGUGAUGUCUUGUAUCGGUUUAUACCUGGAAAUGUAAAUGGAGCUGAAGUACUUCUAAGGGACAGAGUAGAAGCCAUCCUAGCUGAAUUCCAUGGUAGUGCCUUUGGUGGACAUAGCGGAAUAAACAAGACUAUCCAAUCCAUAAGGGCCAGAUAUUGGUGGUUUGGACUAACAGACACAGUGAAAGACUAUAUCAAGUCAUGUGAACCAUGCCAGAAGUCAGACCCUCUGAAGCCAGGACUGAAACCUGAGUUAAAGCAAAUCAAGGUCUCUAGCCCGUUUGAACUGGUUGGUGUUGACCUAGUUGGACCUCUGACUGAGACAGAAACUGGCAACAAAUACAUAUUCACUGCUACAGAUUACUUCACCAAGUGGGUUGAAGCUUUUCCAAUACCAUCAAAGCAUGCCACUGUUGUUGCCAGAUGCUUCAAGCAGCUGUUUGCCCGUCAUGGAGCAAUGAAUGCCAUACUAACAGACCAGGGAAAGGAGUUUGUGAACCAGGUGAAUGAUCAACUCUGUACCGAAUGGAACAUCCAGCAUAGAGUAACGGCAGCAUAUCAUCCUCAGACCAAUGGACUAGACGAAAGAACUAAUCAGACAUUGAAGGCUACUCUGCGUAAGAUGGUCAAUGAGCAUCAGACUAACUGGGAUGCCUUUUUGGAUGGAGCUUUGUUUGCCAUGAGAACCAAACCACAAUCCAGCACAAAGUACAGUCCAUUCUUUCUUCUGUAUGGCCGAGAAGCAAGGUACCCAAGUCAGCUCCCAAAAGACUUUGGAAACAACUUACAGGCUGAUCAUGAGGCAUCGACAACAACGGAAGAGGCCAAACGUCAAUAUGUUGAGCAGAGGGAAGAAGCCUCGCUGAGGAUUGCCCAGACAGCUAAGGUGAACAUUGAUAAAGCCCAUGAAAAGCAAAAGAAAAACUUCAAAGAAAGACAGCGAAAAGGGAGGCGUUAUGAGGACAUUUGUGUGGGAAAUAUGGUUCUGAUUCAUAAUGCAAGGAAGGCUGCUACAAAGAAGAAGGGAAAUCUAGAUCCGAACUACCAUGGUCCAUAUAAAGUAGUCAAUAUAGAUGGCAAGUGUGCCACUCUUCAGAACGAUUCAGGACAUACUCUAAAGAGGAAAACAAACAUAGACCACCUGAAACUGUUCAAAGAUCAGACCGCUCAUGAGACAGAUUUGUGUGCGCAGGACACCUGUGACAAUACUUCUGAAGAGGGUACAGUUUCUUGUAUGCAGGACACUGUUGGGAAAUACAUUGAAGAUGUCAGUUCAGAUGGCAGUCUGAAUGAACUUUUUAAGUUUAUAAGUGAACUGAACUUAUCAAAGAUAUCUCUGAACACUUUAGGUUUUCAAUAUCACCACUGUCCACAACAGAGUUUCUUGAAGGAGGUUAUCAGUGUAUCGGAGGCAGAGUUAGAGUGCUUUGGUACACUAUUGUUACCUCAUCUGAGACAUUUGGAUUUGGACUUGUCAGUGAAAACAUCAGUGGCUAUGCUUACAUCUGCAGUAUGUGUUAUGGCCAGUCAUCAGUUUCAGCCACUGAUGACCAUUGCACAAACACUCAAGGAGGUACCAAGCCAUCUUGAGGAUGUUGACAUUCACGAGAUCCCACAACUCUACCCAACACAAAGACUCACAGUUGGCGGCGAGACACUAGAGGCGGUGGACAUGGCAACUCUAGAGGAUGGGAAGUGGAUAAACGACAAGGUCAUCAACUCCUUCUUGGCACUGAAAAAGAUGGAGCAGAACACAUCAGAAUCAAACAGACACAUUUAUGUCCUUCCCUCGUACACAGCCGUUCAAUGGGAUCAAGGUCACCUGGAUCACUGGAUGUUUAAGAAGGUUCAGUUCUCCAAAUACACUCAUGUAUUCCUGCCAAUAUGCAUCAAUGGGAAUCACUGGGUGUUGCUGGUUGCAGACGUAAAGCAAAGACUUGUCUACGUUCUGGACUCUAUGAAUGGGGAGGUUGGUCAGAAAUGGACAAGGAUGUGGGCAGAAUUCAUGGCCAAUCGGGACAGACUUCCAGAUGUUACUGAACAGUUUGGUGUGUGGAACUUCCCGGAGAUCAGAAGCAGCAAACAGACCGACAGUAAUUCAUGCGGUGUGUUCACCCUGAUGAAUGCGGAAUGCAUUGCCAAGGAUGUUCCCAUAGCAGUCAUGAGACAAGUGCAUUGCCAAAGAUAUAGACAAUAUGUUAAGGCAUCUUUGCUCAAUGCUGGAGCAGCAAAGUCGGACUCUAAGUGUGACAUGCCAGAUUGUAGGAUACCUAAAGGACACAAAAGAUGGGUCCAGUGUUGCGUGUGUGGACGUUGGCUCCACACAAAGUGUUGCAGGAUUCCGACAAAGGCAGCCAUCGAGGAGGAAUACGAAUGCUGCUUCUGUGAAGCCAUGUAUAGAUAGACAUUCAUAGCUUAUUAUUGCUACCAAUUGGUUUGGAAAAGCUUCCUCUUCCAAUUUCUAUUAGGACUGGUCAAAUUUGAUGAACAAUGUGUUAUGGUGUAGUUUAUCUGUCUGUUAAUUUUUGUUAUCUCCUACAUUUUUCUAACAAUCUCUUUGAAACUUGGUAUUCAUUAUAAUUAUGAUAGGAAAUUGUAUUACCCUGAAAAGGUUUUAAUUUCAUUAUUUUUGAACAAGUUUAUUUCAGUGAUGAAAAUUCUUGUCACAUCAUUCCUAUUUUUAUCCUGCCAUCAUCAGAUGGUGGACUAUUCAAAUCGCCCUGCAUCCAUCAUCUCUAUGUCCAUAACAAUCCUUGUUAUCAUUAUGUCAAAGUACUGGAGGUACAUUUCUAUAACAUGAUGAGUAGGUUCCCCUUAGUUCCCAGUUGUGUUAAAACAAAAUGACUGACAGGUGGCCAUCUUUGAUUUUGAGAACUAGAAGAUUUUUGUAGCUACAUUGUAUUUCUUAAAGUACUGGAGGAGUGUUUUGCAAACUUCACUUGUUCUUGUCAUCAGAUUAUGAAGAGGGAAAAAAAAGAAAUGGAAAAGUAAUGAAAUCAGUCUGACAUAGAACCAUUAGAGAUUGUUCAAUGGUGUACACCAAGAUUCCCCUGGUCUCCUGUUAAUUAGAAAAAUGGAUAUAAAUAAUUUCUUGAAAAGUACUGAAGGAAUAUUGCUCAAAUUUUGCUUGUAGGUUCCCAUUGGUAUCAAGUUGUGUCAAUUCAAUUUAGAUUUUUGAUGAGAAAAAUAGAAUGGUCGUCAGACACCCAUCUUAGAUUUGAAGAAUUAAAGUUUGUUAUAUUAUCACUAUUUCUUGAAAAGGGAUGUUUCUCAAACUUCACAUGUACAUGAAGGUUCCAUUUGUUCUUUGAAUCAGAAUAUUAAGAAAGAAAAAAUAAGGGAGAGUUAUAGAAGAUCAGUGUGACACAGAACCGAUCAUUGAAUUGUGGGUACCAAUUUUCCCCUGGGAUCACUCGUUAGCCUCAAUUUUGAAAAUUAAUUGAUAGGCUUUAUAUAAGAUAUGAAGUUGUUUCAUAUGAAUGUUUCUACCCUUUGUUCAUUUGAGCAUUUUAUAGUUGUCCUAAGAUUUCCAUUUUUUUGUGAACAUGGAAUGCAUUAUAGUCAUAGUUAUAUUCCCACCACAAAAAAAUUUUGGAUUGGUCCAAUGAAUACUUUAAUAUUAUUACUGGGGAGGGGGUAGACUUUACAAUAGUUUAUAUAGGGAUGACUUUCCACAUUUUUGACAAUCAUUUAAUUGUUGACAUUUAAUUUGUUAACAUUAUCAGCAUUGGAUGACAGCUUAAUGAUAUGCACAUGUUGGCCCUGACAGACCCCCAGGGACUGAUGUGUGGGGCUAAAAAGGGUCAAUUAGAUUAACUGAAAUAUUUCAAAUCUCAGGUGACCGUUAAGGCCCAUGGGCCUCUUGUUAAUUUGUAGAUUUCUUUUGCAUCUAUUACAUUUACUUUUUUGUAACAGAAUCUGUAUUAUAUUUUCUUGUGUCACAAGAUUUGGAAUUAUAUGUAAAUUGUAUAUAUCAUUGCCACACCAAAUGAAAUUUUAUGAUUCAUUUGUCAAGCUAUGACUGUUACACUUUUCAGAUAUAUAAGUCAUUAAAAAGGAGGAAACAUUUCAAAAACUAUAGAAAUGUUAUAUAUAUAAAAAAUAUUAAAACAUUAAAUUCAGUGAAGUUUUCUUUGAUGUUCUACUUCUAAGAUGUAUGAUCCCUGUGCUUGCUUUUGAUGAAGUCUAUUUGGAAUUUCAUUAGUAGGAACAAUUGGAGUUACAAAUACUUUGGUGUGGCCUUCAUUCUCUAACUUACAUAUAAAGUUAUUAAGUCACUUGCUUCGCUAUGUAGCUUGUAGCUGUGACAAAUGAAAUAUUCAUUAUAACUUUUCCUUUGUGCUGAAUAAAAUGUGAAAAGUACCAUAA